ACUCGACAGCCAACAAUUUGAAGCUUUGAACAGAUAGCAGAUCGUACACUCCGUUGGUGUAGAAGCCGGGUUUUACAACUUUUCAUUAUUAAAAGAAGUAGAGCAGAGUAGUCUCCGUUCCUGGCCGAUCCACCAUGGCCUCCUUCUUCUGGCCUGGGCCGCCGGGAGCGCAGCCGGUGGGCGACCUGCAGGUGGCGAAGUUGGCGCUGCUCGUCGCCGGCAACGGGUUCAUCUCGCCGUCGUCCUACCUCCGCCGCUGCUGCGACGACGACGGCCCGUGCUUCGUCGACGGCGCUGGGGAGAGGUGCUUGCACCUGGCCAACCUCGUCACCGCCAUGCUCGGGCUGGCCCUCGUGCUCGGCCAGAUGGCAUUCUUCUCGGCGGCGGCGUUCCGGCCGCAGGUGGCCUCGGUCACUGUUGCUGCGCGGUGGAUUGUCAGCCUCGCCAAGCUCGCCACGGUUGGGACCCUCCAGCUUUGGGUCUAUGUUUUCUGCUUGUGCCUGAAAAUGUUGUGCAUCAGAUACUAAUUAGCUUCUCGUCCUUGCAACUCUCUUCUGUCGUGCUGAUAUGAUGUGAUUCUUUCAUUCUUUGCGUCCAAAAACCAAAACCACUAUGUAUUUCAGUGACUGGAUCAGAUGGAUAUUAACAUGAGGUGGUGUACUGUGUACACCUGUACAAUGAAUAUUGCAUAUUACAGUCUCUGUACAAACAAUUAUUUAGUUGCUGGUGGGCUAAUCGGCUCAUAAUGUUAACGAAAGCACUUGUACUGCUUGUAACGACUACGCUAUAUUAUGGAAACGGAGG